AUGGACAAGAACGAGCGCAUUGUUAUCAUUGGAGCCGGUGUUUUCGGUCUUUCGGCUGCUUUGAGACUGAAGGAAGAGGGCCACAACGCAGUCACGGUCCUCGAUCGUUCUAUGCCUCCUGUUUCCGAUGGUUCAAGUAACGACAUUUCUCGUGUGAUUCGAUUCGACUAUGGUGAUCCCGUCUACGCCGACAUUGCCAAGGAGGCGUACGACCUGUGGAAGACUGAGGACUACUCCGAUGCAUUCUAUCCCGCUCCCUGUUUCUGGGUAUGUCAGGAAGGCACUCCGGAGCAGCCGGUCCAGCCUCGCGCACAGGAAUACAGUGCAAAGACCAAGCGCGUCUUGACCGAAAUGGGCCAGGAAUGGCACGCCGUUAAAAGCGUUGCGGAGGCCAAGCAGAGGUUCCCCAAGUUGACCGGAGAGCUCGCUACCCCCGGAUUCGAUGGAUUCUACAACACCUCUGCCGGUUGGGCCGACGCCGGUAAGGCCAUCGCCCGUCUGGCAUCUCGUUGUGUGCACGCCGGAGUAUCAUUCAUCACUGGCCCCAACGGCCAAGUCGUGGAUUUUGAAAAGGCCCAGGAUGGAUCCAUCGCCUCCGUUAAGACCGCAGGCGGCGGCAAGGUCUGUGGUGACAGAUUUGUUGUUGCUACCGGUGCUUGGACUGCCAGCUUGAUCCCUGCGUGGAACUCGAUGCUUGCGGCCGGUCAGAUUGUCGGCUACAUGAAGUUGACUUCCGAGGAAGUUGCCGACCUGAGAGACAUUCCCAUUUACUUCAACUUCUCUACCGGUUUCUUCUGCUUCCCUCCUCACGAGGGCACUGGCUACUUGAAGGUUGCCUGCCACGGCUUCGGCUACACCAACUCCAACGAGAUGAACAUCUCCGCUCCACCCAGCAAGCCGCCUGCAUCGCGUGCCAACUUCAUUCCCGACGAUGGCGUGACCAGACUCACGUCCGGACUGAAGAGCAUAUUCCCCCAACUUGCCAACCGAGGCUUCGAACGUGUCGGCAUCUGUUGGUACAACGAUACUCCCACCGGUGACUUCAUACUGGAUUACCACCCCGAACACAAGAACCUGUUCAUCGCCACCGGUGGCAGUGGGCAUGCAUUCAAGUUCCUGCCCGUGAUGGGCAAGUAUAUCGUCGGAAGCUUCCAGCGGACGCUCUCCGACAAGCUGCUCAACAAAUGGAAGUUCCCGACUCAAUUCCGCGAGCGCUUCCAGAGCGACGCCUUUGCCGGAGAUGGGAGCCGCGGUGGACCCCAGCGUCGUGAAAUGACCGGCGGCGAACGAGCUACAUUUGAUGCCGCUUUGACAGCAUCUGCUCGGCAGGCCAAAAUCUAA